AUGCCCGUACAAACGCCAACGCUUGUCAAAGGCACACCUCGUCGGUCUCCAUCGAUUGAGUUCAGAGAGUCGCCCUUACGAUCAGCUUCGAGGGCAAAGCCAACGACAUCAUGGGACCAUCACUCAACCAACACAACCCCCGAACUGCCUACCCGUCGCUCUCGGGCUGCUCACUGGAGAUCACAAUUAACUCAAGAAGAUUGAGUUGACCCGACUGAGUUACGCAAGAAGCUCAGUCUCCUUUUGGUCGACAAAUUUGGCGAGGACUUCGUCCCCCGGCCGGUGCAAAUCGAAGCUCGAGCGGGACUUUUUCAGCUCGAGCGGUUCGAGACUCGAAUUCAGUAUGACGCUGUAUUCGUCAUUGCUCCAACGGGUUCAGAGAAGAGCUUGAUAUUUCAACAAGCCAUGUAGUUGGUUUACGGACGCCGGGCUGUGACCAUAGUUGUCAGUCCUCUGACUGCGCUGAGCCAACAUCAGGUAGGUUUUAUUCGGUUGGCCGUUGAGGCGACGCCGGUGCUGAGUCCCACGGUCUUGAUACCUUUACAGGCCGACAAUCUCAAUCAAGAGCGAAAGAAAGCGGUUGUCAUAUGCAAGGAAACAUGGGGUGACGGAGAGCUGUAUCGGCAGUUGAGCGAUCCCUCCCAUACUGUCUCAUUGAUCUUCAUCGUACGUGUCCAGUCAAUCCGCCGCAGGUUUUUGCAUGCUCACAACCCCCGUACUGAUAUCUUGCUACUAAAAAUCUCCGACAGUCUCCAGAGAUGCACAAUGGAGACAAGCGCUGGGCUGAGCUGAUAUCGAAGGACUCGUUCCGAGAACGAGUCAAGCUGCUUGCCUAUGACGAGGCAAUCAAGAUCGCCGAGUGGGGGGGGGGGAUUCAGCGAAAGGAAGCGCGCCGGAGCUAUUAGCCACCCAAUGGAAGGCUCGUCUGCAUUUCGCCCGGUGUAUGGGCAAGUUGCGGAGCGGCGUCUCAUUACUUGGCUGUCAAACACUCUUCCUCACCGCCGGCGCUCCACCCUACGAAAUCAACAAGAUCCUAAAGGUAUCCAGUCUCUCCGAAUCGCGGACGUUCUUCGCCAAAGCCGACCUUUUCCGACCAAACCUCAAUAUUGCUGUCGAGAUGAAACCAAGAACAAACGGUACGAUGGGAAGUAUCAGGGAUCUCCUUAACCAGCGGUCAGAUCCCAGCAUCUUUCCCCAGUCCAUCAUGUACUUCAACAGCCAGGAAGCCACCAAACGCUUGAGCUGGGUCCAAUUACUGUUGAGGAGCUUUAGCCUAUGA